AUGGACCAGCACCGCCUCGCGCACCACCCACUCGACAGCAGCCCUGCUAACCCACCAUGCUUCUCUCUAGGACCCGAAAUCGACCUCUACUCCGUCGAGGACAAGAAACAAACGCACGAAUUCGAUCUCCGCCAGUGGCUGCAAGAAAACCCAGAGGAAGAGGAGCCCGAAGAAGAGACGCCAUGCCCCAUCUGUGGCAUGGCAGAACGCCCCGACAUCCUGCUCCUCUGCGAUGGCUGCGACGCCGCCUACCACACCCACUGUCACGUCCGACUCGGACGUGCGGGCGAUCGCCCCAGCACGAACCACCGCCGACCAUUUGUGCGCACACGAGAACGUCAGAGGCGUGCGAGGCGCCAGGCACGGUCCGUCGAGUGGCAAGGCGCUUGGGGCCAGAUCGCUGGGCGUAUCUUCGAGGCCACCGAUAUCGACCUCGACAACUACGAAGACGACGACAGCCUCGAGGGUUUCCGCCGCACGCAGCAGCAGCGUGAGCGGGAAUCUCGUGAGUACCGCGAGUGGGAACAGCGCUUGCAGAUCGCCAGCCGACAAGGUGCUGGAGAGACAUUUGCCCGAAGCAUCCCCCGCGCCAUAGGCGAGCGCCUAGACAUCGUGCAGCCUGUCCAGGAAACCGCCGAGAACACGAAAGCGAAAGUCCCGGUCUGCAUCGACGUCUCCCGCGAAGCCGCCGCCGCCGCAGAGACCGGAGCGAAAGUCCAAACGCCCUCGCACUCGCAGAUUGCCGAUUCAGGCUCAGCUCUAUGUGGAGCCGUGUAUCCGAAGCGAAUUACUCGCCAAAUCGCCAAGCAGGCGACACGAGCGACUCUGAAAGUCGCGCCCGCCAGCACCGACACACCCAUUCUGACAUUCGCCAGCCUCGGCCCGGCGACCUGGCCAGCUGCAUCGUCCCCAACGCGACCACGAUCCCAGGUCGUCUCCCCCGCAUCUGACUUAAGCAGGGAGGAGAAGGAGCGGGUAAGCGCAUUCGUCAAGUCUGCGCUGAAGCCCCACUGGGACAUUGAAGACCGAAAGAUUACCGCCGAGCAGUACAGCAACAUCAACCGCGACGUCUCGCGCAAGCUCUAUGAUGGACUCCGUGACCCAGCCAUGGCCGAAGACAAGGCGCAGUGGGAGGCUCGCGCCAAGGAAGAAGUGACGCGGGCCGUGGCUGCUCUUCAGCAAGCCAUUCCGGCAUGA